AUAGUCGUUGCAUUAGCUGCAUUGUUUCAUCUGUAAUAGCGGGAGCCCAUCGGAGGCAAUUUGCGAUUCGCUCGGUCAGUGUAGGGGAGCGCUGCCAUUAUAUCCACUGGGUUGUGCGAUACAUGGAGCGGAUGGAGGAAUAUACUACGGGUGGAGGAAGAACGGAUGAAUAAGGGAUUUUAUGAGACCUGCAUUAACAUUGCAUUCGCAGUUUUUACGGCUCUCUCUAUCGGGGUUCCCCCAGCAGUAGACUUGCAGAGGCGGGUAGGCUUUAAACAAUAGCGCCCGGAGGAGCGCUGGAUACAGUAUCGCUGAGCGCAGAACCUCGGGCAUCAUCAUCAUCAUCAUCAUCAUUCACUACUACGAGCGUUCACCAAUGGAGACGGCCACGCGCUCUAGUGUUCUCCACACAUAGAUUACAAAGAUCUGUAGGUGUAAAAUCCGACCAUCAUCAUAAUCAUCAUCCGUGGAAACAUAUCCUGCAAUGAUGAAUUCUGCCGAGGCGGCUGAGGAAGGACCGAACGAUCCAGAUACGGAGCCGUUUUUCAAAACAGUUCCGUCUUUCUCAUCAGGAUCUCUUAGGAAUGAUGGAAUAAAGGCGGCUGAUGUUCUAACAGUUUUAAGAGAGAAGGUUGCCUUUGUCUCAGGAGGAAGAGACAAGAGAGGAGGACCUAUCCUUACAUUCCCUGCACGAAGUAAUCAUGACAGAAUAAAGCAAGAAGACUUGCGGAAACUGGUGACCUACCUCUCUACUACCAGUAUGGUUUCAGUGGAAGGUCUGACUAAGUUGGUGGAUCCGUCUCAGCUGACAGCAGAUCUGGAAGGGACACUGGAGUACGACCAUGUGGAAUGGACUGAGCUCCGUGUUUCCCUUGAGGAGUUCACUGGAGGCGCUCUGCACCUCCUUUCCCGGCUGGAGGAGCUGCAAGAGGUGCUUUCUCGCCAGGAGCUGGCAACUAACGCAGAGGAAGCACGGAAACUCCUGGAGGAGCACGCUCGACUGAGGAAGACUAUGACAAAGGCACCUGUGGAUGAGUUAGACCAUGAAGGACAGCGACUCCUUCAGAAGAUCAGGGAUGGGGGCGACGGAAGACUCUCUGGUGGGGCUGACUUCCAGAGUUUGGUACCUAAGAUUUCCGCCCUAUUGGAUAAACUUCAAGUUACGCGGCAGCACCUGCUACAGGUCUGGCACAACCGCAAACAACAGCUGGACCAGUGUUUUCAGUUACGGCUGUAUGAGCAGGAUGCAGAAAAGAUGUUUGAAUGGAUCGGACACAAUAAAGAGCUCUUCCUGCAGACGCACACAGACAUUGGCGUGAGCUACCAGCAUGCAGCAGAUCUACAGACCCAGCAUGACCACUUUGCUAUGAACUCUAUGAAUGCGUAUGUCAAUAUCUCACGUAUCAUCUCGGUGGCGACACGGCUCUGUGAGGCAGGUCAUUACGCUGCUGCUCAGAUACAGCAGAUCUCUGGCCAGCUGGAUCAGGACUGGAAGAGCUUUGCCUCGGCUCUGGAGGAGCGCAGUGCCAUCCUGGCCAUGUCCUCUGUGUUCCACCAGAAAUCUGAACAGUUUCUGUCCAGCAUGGAGGGAUGGGUGAAGUCAUGCGGUGAGGUCGGCUUGCCGAUAGCAACGCAAGAACUGGAGAUAGCCAUUCACAACCACCAGAAUCUGUACGAGCAGGUCACCACAGCAUACACAGAGGUCAGUCAGAAAGGAAAAACACUACUGGAUGUGUUGCAGAAGGCUCAGCCCCUGCCUGACUCCGGGUCCCUGACGGCAGGGGCCGACUACAGUCAGGCGGUGAGGGGGGUCCUGGAGGCGGUCCAUGAGGUAGUUCAUCAAUAUCGCAGACUGGAGGGUCUCUUGCAACACCGCAAGCUCCGGCUACACCAGAGACUUCAGCUGUGUGUGUUUCAACAAGAUGUGCAGCAGGUCUUGGACUGGAUUGAAAACCAUGGAGAGGUAUUCCUCAGUAAACACACAGGAGUUGGGAAGUCUGUACACAGAGCACGAGCACUACAAAAACGGCAUGAUGACUUCCAGGAGGUAGCACAGAACACUUACACUAAUGCGGAUAAGCUUCUGGAGGCUGCGGAGCAGCUGGCUCAGACGGGAGAGUGUGAUCCGGAAGAGAUUUACGCUGCCGCCCAUCACCUGGAGGUCAGAGUUCAGGAGUUUGUGCGGAGGGUGGAGCAGAGGAAACUGCUGUUGGAUAUCUCAGUGUCUUUUCACACCCACACUAAAGAGCUGUGGUCAUGGAUGGAGGACUUGCAGAAGACUCUUGUGGAGCCGGUGGUGAACUCUGAGUCUGUGGAUGCUGUUCAGGAGCUGAUCAGACAGUUUCAGCAGCAGCAGAGCAGCACUCUGGACGCCACACUCAAUGUCAUCAAAGAAGGGGAGGAGCUUAUUCAGCACCUGCGGGACUCAGCGCUGGCCUGUAAUAAGCUGCCUCAUGCCAGCUCCAUGGCUCAUAUCGAGGGCGUUCUUCAGCAGUUGGAUGAGGCUCAGGCUCAUAUGGAGGAGGUUUUUCACGAGCGCAGGAUCAAACUGGACAUCUUCCUGCAGCUCCGUAUCUUUGAACAGUACGCCUUGGAGGUGAUGGGUGAGCUGGAUGCAUGGAAACAGGAUCUGAUGCGACAGGCAUCUGAUUUCAACACAGAGGAACUCGCGCUGGCUGAACAGAGAUUACACAGACACACUGAGCGCAAACUCGCCAUGAACAACAUGACCUAUGAGGUCAUACAGCAGGGACAGGAUCUUCACCAGUACAUCAUGGAGGUCCAGGCUUCAGGUAUGGAAAUCACUGGAGAAAAAGACGUUGACUUGGCGGCAAAAGUUCAAGAACUGCUGGAGUUCUUGAAUGAAAAACAGCAUGAGCUGGAAGUAAGCGCAGAACACACACACAAACGUCUGGAGCAGUGCCUUCAGCUACGACACCUGCAGGCCGAGGUCAAACAGUCUCUUCUCCACGCCGACUCCCUCCAGCGCACACAUCAGAGCGCCCUACAGCUCCAGCAGAGGGCGGAGCUGAUGUUGCAGGCGGGUCACUAUGACCCAGACGCUGUCCGGGCCUGUGCCGAGACUGUGGCCCUGCACUGGCAGACCCUCAUGCUGAAGAUGGAGGACAGAUUAAAGCUGGUUAACGCCUCUGUGGCAUUCUACAAGACAUCUGAACAGGUAUGUAAUGUAUUGGAGAGUCUGGAACUGGAGUACAGGAGAGAGGAGGACUGGUGUGGAGGUAAUGAUAAACUGGGCUCAACGGCAGAGACGGACCACGUCAGCCCUCUCAUCAACAAACACCUGGAGCAGAAAGAAGCCUUUCUCAAGGCAUGUACUUUAGCACGUCGUAACGCGGAGGUCUUUCUUAAGUACAUCCAUCGAAACAAUGUGAGCAUGCCUGGGGUCGCCACCCACAAUCGAUCCACUGAGUCCCAAGUAAAAGCCAUUCUGAGUGAGCUGCUACAGAGGGAAAACCGUGUCCUUCAUUUCUGGACUAUGAAAAAAAGACGUUUAGAUCAAUGCCAACAGUACGUUCUGUUUGAACGACAUGCUAAACAGGCCAUAGACUGGUUACAGGAGACGGGAGAAUAUUUUCUAUCCACACACACAUCGCCUGGUGAUACCAGCGGAAAAACUCAGGAACUACUAAAAGAGUACGAAAAUUUCCGUGUAUCUGCAAAGCAAACGCAGGAGAAGGUGAAGCUGUUGAUCCAGCUGGCUGGUAGUCUGGUUGAGAAAGGGCAUCUCCAUGUGACCGAGCUCAAGAGGUGGGUGUCUACGGUUGACAGGCGGUAUCGAGACUUCUCCAUGCGGAUGGGUCAGUACCGCUGCAGCUUGGACCGAGCUCUAGGGGUGUGUUCUGAGGACAAUAAAGAUCUGGAGCUGGAUAUUAUACCAGCCAGCUUGACCCACACUGACCCAGAGGUCAACCUCAACGAUCCUGACCAUGAAGUUAAUGAGGAAAAGAAGAAAUCUGCCAGAAAGAAAGAGUACAUUAUGACUGAGCUGCUCCAGACAGAAAGAGCUUAUGUACGAGACCUACAGGAGUGUUUGGAGACUUUUCUCUGGGAAAUGACAAGCGGUGCGGAGAUCCCAUCUGGAAUUGCAAACAAAGAACAUGUGAUCUUUGGGAAUAUUCAGGAGAUUUAUGAAUUCCACAACAACAUUUUUCUGAAAGAGCUUGAAAACUAUGAGCAGCUUCCAGAAGAUGUGGGCCAUUGUUUUGUCACAUGGGCUGAUAAGUUCCAUAUGUACGUCACCUACUGCAAAAACAAACCUGACUCCAGUCAACUCAUCCAGGGCCAGGCCGGAAGGUUCUUUGAUGAGAUACAACGGAGACAUGGACUGGCCAAUUCAAUCUCAUCGUACCUGAUCAAACCCGUUCAGAGAAUCACCAAAUACCAGCUCUUGCUGAAGGAGUUGCUGACGUGUUGUGAGGAAGGGAAAGGAGAAAUAAAGGAGGGUUUGGAGGUGAUGCUCAGUGUGCCUAAACGUGCUAAUGACGCCAUGCACGUCAGCAUGCUGGAGGGUUUUGAUGAGAACCUGGCUGUACAGGGUGAGCUAAUCCUACAGGACACCUUCCAGGUGUGGGACCCCAAAUCUCUGAUCCGCAAGGGCCGGGACCGACAUCUCUUCCUUUUUGAGAUCUCCCUCGUUUUCAGUAAAGAGAUGAAAGACUCGUCAGGACGCACCAAAUAUGUUUACAAGAACAAGCUUCUGACAUCAGAGUUAGGAGUCACCGAACACAUUGAAGGUGAUCCGUGUAAGUUUGCUCUGUGGGCCGGCCGGACGCCUACAUCUGACAACAAAACAGCUCUCAAGGCCUCCAGUAUAGAAAUGAAACAGGAGUGGAUCCGGAACAUCAGGGAAGUGAUUCAGGAGAGAACAAUCCACCUAAAGGGGGCGCUAAAGGAGCCCAUACACCCUCCCAAAACCCCAGCCAGACAGCGUAGCAUAAGCAAGAGGGAAACUACAGAGGACGCGGACAGUCAGGGUGAUGCCAGCAGUCAGCCGGACACAAUUUCCAUCGCUUCCCGCACCUCCCAGAACACUGUAGACAGUGACAAGCUGUCGGGUGGCUGUGAGCAGACUGUGGUUCUGCAAGACUUUGUUGCGGGGUCAGUGGGUGAGUUGAGCAUUCAGUCGGGUCAGACCGUCGAGCUGUUGGAGAGGUCUGGAGAGCGGCCCGGCUGGUGUCUGGUGCGGAUCACUGAACACUCGCCCCCUCAGGAGGGUCUGGUUCCCAGCAGUACCCUGUCCGUGUCUCACUCUCGCAGUAGUGUCGACAUGGACUGCUUUUUCCCACCUGGGAAAGAAAACUGUCCUGUGGGAAGUUCAGAGGUCAAAUCUGAGUCCGCCACAUCGCUGCAGCCGCAGACAUCGGUGACAUCAUUGCCGACCGGUUCUCCGGGACCUAAACGCUCUGGAACUACUGGAAACACAUUAAAAAAAUGGCUCACCAGCCCCGUACGACGUCUCAGCCACGGCAAGGGCGACAACACUAAUGCCAAGAAACCCAACAACAAACAACGUAAACGAGAUGGCCGCAAGAGUGUCGAAUUGGGACCGUCGCACCAAGACAGCACCGAAGAGAGAGGAAGACGAGGAGUGAACAGCGGAGGAGAGGAGGAGGCUGAAGACGAACCCCACACACCCCUUCCUCCCCCCAUGGAGAUCAUCAAGGACCCCUCCGCUCAGGAGGAGAAGACUCCAGAGCCUGGCUCUUUCCCAGUGUUGGGUAGCGUCACACCAUCUGAUCAGAUGCCCAGAGACCCAGAAACAGAGCAGAAGAACAAGGCCAUGAGAGGGCGAAUGUUUGUGUUAAAUGAAAUGGUGCAGACAGAGAGGGACUAUGUGAAGGAUCUGGGUGUCAUAGUGGAGGGCUUUAUGAGAAGGAUUGGGGAAAAAGGUGUUCCGGAGGACAUGACAGGGAAGGAUAAGAUCGUAUUCGGGAACAUUCAUCAAAUCUACGACUGGCAUAAAGAGUUCUUCCUCUGUGAACUAGAGAAAUGUCUGCAGGACCACGACAGACUGGCUGAGCUGUUUAUCAAGCAUGAGAGAAGGUUACACAUGUAUGUCAUCUACUGUCAGAACAAGCCCCGCUCAGAGUUUGUCGUGGCUGAAUAUGACGCAUUCUUCGAGGAGGUGCAGCAGGAGGUAAACUCCAGGCUGUCCAUCAGCGAUUACCUGAUCAAACCCAUCCAGAGGAUCACCAAAUACCAGCUCCUGCUCAAGGACUUUUUGAAAUACAGCACUAAAGCAGGUCUGGACUGUAAAGAGACAGAGAAAGCAGUUGAGCUGAUGUCCCUGGUGCCCAAACAAUGUAACGACAUGAUGAAUCUUGGACGAUUGCAGGGCUACGAGGGGAAGUUGACAGCUCAGGGGAAGUUAUUGCAGCAGGACACGUUCUUUGUGACAGAGCAGGACUCUGGCGUUCUGUCCCGCAGUAAAGAGCGCAGAGUGUUCCUCUUCGAACAGAUCAUCAUCUUCAGUGAGCUGCUUCGGAAGGGCUCGUCAACACCAGGGUACCAGUUUAAAAAGAGCAUCAAGGUGAGCUACCUGAGCAUGGAGGAACAUGUGGACAGCGACCUCUGUAAGUUUGUGCUGUCAUGUCGUGGCUCAUCUGAACGACUGACGCUACAGGCCGCUAACAUCGACAUCAAGAAAGAGUGGGUUCAAAGCAUCCGAGAACUGCUGGACAUGCAGAUCAACUUCCUCACGGCUCUCCAGAACCCUCAGGAGUACCAGAAAAAAGAGAGUGGAGGUUCUUUGAGCAGGCAGCUGUCCAAUAGCAGCCGUUCCUCAUCCUCUCACCCCUCCACCCCCCUCAAACCCAACACCGCCCCCAACGGAAGCCCCACCCACAAGCCCAAUAAGCAUGUAGAGGAGGUGAGCAUGAUUCAGAAUAUUACAUAA